ACAAAAAUAAGUCCAGUAAAUCUGUAGGUCUGCACACACCCCAAAUGUAAAAAGAAGCCAAACUAAACAUGAAUAAAAACAAAAAUAAUGUAUUUCCACAAAUGUGUUUAGCAGCGAAGAAAAACUAUGUACAAGCUAAACGUUUGAUGCAAGUGGAAGUGAAUGAGACAGAGCGACAAAUGGUUAAGAGCCAAGAACUUAAUUUUGUAUUGGACGAUAGAACGUUGGCAAGAAUUUAGCAUAGCAUGGCGUAGCUGCCUACCAUUUUUAACCCUAAGAACCUAAUUUAUAAGGGGAAAAUUAACAAUAAAAUGUGAGUCUCUGUUUCCGGUCGAAUCCAACAAGAAUCUCAGGGUCUGGUACAUUUUAUGACAAAUAUUUUCUACCCACUUUCUGUCUCCUAAUAUCCUAACUUCUCCUAAGAGAUCCGUUUUUCGUUCUCCUGUCUUCACCUCCAGACUAAAGUAAACGCAUUUUGUAUGUCCUAUUGUCCUCCACGAUUUCUCUUUCGUUGUGUGUACACACCGCAAACAUAAAGGAAAAAACUUGAAAAAUAAUUUAUUCACGCAAAUGGUUCAUUUGGUUUGUCAGUUCAUCUAACAGCUUGCUUAUUUAUUAUUUAUACUGCAUAUUGCAUUAAAUCGGCGUUAAUCAAUAUUUUGAUUAACGGAGAGAGAGAGAGAGAGAGAGAGAGAGAGAGAGAGAGAGAGAGAGAGACUGUGUCGUGUUUCAGGAAAAUAAAGUGCAGUAACUCGUAUGCUUCUCCUAUUACAUUUCUCGUGUAGGUUCGUUCAGAAGGCCUAUAUGUGUGGUACUCCUUUUACAGUACUCAGGUUUUGUUUAAUUCUCAUUCCCAACGCCUCAAAUACUAUAGCAGAAAAGCAGAAACCUUUAGCAUGAAUGUAUGCACGCUGAAUGGCUCAUUUCGCUUCACUAUUUAAUGUGCUCUGUGAUUCUAAGGUUAUCCAUAUGCCCUUUAGUAAAAGCGUUUACUGGCUUUGCGGAUGAAUCUUGCGCUUCAACGGUCUGACGCAAAAAUUAUAAUGAUAAUGUGUCUUUAUUAAUCACAUAUACACCACAGGAUAGUGAAAUUCCUUCCCUUGCAUACUUUGAAAAAAGGUGAAUAAUUAAUCAAAGCACAGUGAACGAUUAAAAGAUAACAGUGUAGUGAGUUUCUGUUUAUGUUCUGUAGUGCUAGACCUAUCUUCACAGGGUUUGGAUAUUUUACUCGCAUUUAUCAGUAGACAUCUCUUUAUUGCAUUUUUGCAGAAGUCUUGUCAUUAAUAAAAGGUAUUUUCUUGUGUUGGCUGAUCAAAACACUUCCCUGAGUAGCUAAAGUAUAUUAUAUGACCUUCCUUUAUUGUCAAAUAUGUGUUCUAAUUUCUAAAUAAUACGAUUUUUGCUCCUUUUUUCCACCAAAAGAGCAAUUGUACCAGAAUUCUCAAAAUACAAGCUUUUCAGUGAAAAUUUCUGAUGGGCUUAGGCUACGUUUCUGGCACCAUGUAAGUGUUAAUUUGCAAGUUACAAUGACCUCAACACCCUUUUCGGGAAGUUCGAGUACUAACUGGAAAAACAAAACAAAAACAUGGACGCCUCCAUGAAAACUUAUUUUUUGUUUUGCUCUGUCAAGGCAUGUAAAGCUAAUAAAAAAAGCUACUUUAACUGUACUUUUACACUUACAGGUUUUAGAUCUAUUUUGAUAGAUCAUAAUUUCAGCUCUCAUUUCCUUAAAUUUACAUCUAGAUGUGUUAAACAACUUAGAACAUGGCACCUUUGGUGGCAGACCACCCAAAUUUUAGGUAAGCAAAAGUAUUCCAACAGAUAAAGGUAAAUAACAGUAUUUGGUUGCAUAUCCCUUGCUUGCAAUAACUGCAUCAAGCACUGACAUCAACAAACUGCAUUCUUCUUUUGUGUUGCCUUUCCAGUCUAGUAUUGUAGCUUCUUUCAGUUGUUGUUUGCUUUGGGGGGUUUCUCCUUUCAGUCUCCUCUUCAGGAGCUGAAAUGUUGGUCAGUUGGGUUAAGGUCUAGUGAUUGACUUGGCCAUUCUAUUUUCUCUGUAAACUUGCAGAAAGAAUGUUUCUGUUGACUUCUGAAUUCAUUCUGCUGAGUUCCAUCAUCAAAAAAAAUUAGUGCGUCUGUUCCAAAAGCAGCCAAGCAAGCCCAAGCCAUGACACUACCUCCACCAUACUUGCCCAUGAGCUUGUAUCUUUUGGAUCAUGAACAGAUCCUUUUUUCUCCAUAUAUAGGCCUUUCCAUCACUUUGGUAGAGGUUAAUCUUGGUUCCAGAAAUUUUGUGGCUCAUGAUGAAUUGUUUGCAUUUUGUGGUAUAGACGCUAUAUUUCUCCUCUCAAAAUCUUCUUCAAAUAGUAGAUUGUGAUACAUUUACGACAUUUGGCAGACACCCUUAUCCAGAGCGACUUACAUUUUAUCUCAUUUUAUACAACUGAGCAGUUGAGGGUUAAGGGCCUUGCUCAAGGGCCCAGAAGUGGCAGGUUGGUAGUGCUGGGAUUAUAACUCACAACCUUCCGAUCAGGAGUCCACUGAAUUUAAAACUGAGCUACCAUAUUCACCCCUGCUUCAGUAGGUUGUUGGUGAUGUCACUGCCUGUCAUUUUUUGGUUUUUCUUCACAGCUCUCACAUUGUUUGUCACCAUCUGCUGUUGUUUCCCUUGGCCGAGCUGUUUGAUGUCUUGUUGUUAGUACACCAGUGGUUUCUUUAUUUUUCAGGACAGUCCAAAAUUAUUUAUUGGCUGUUCCCAAUCGUUGUGCAAUUGCUCUGAUCAAUUUCCCCUCUUUUCUCAGCUUUAAAAUGGUUUGCUUUUCUCCCAUAGACAGCUCUAUGUUUUUCAUGUUGGUUUAUCUUUUUUUUUAAAACAACAAAUGUAGUCAACAACAAAUUUCACAGGUGAAACCCAAGUGUAGACAUUCAAAGCUAUUAAUUGUUUAAACAAUCAAUCUAACAGGACACACCUGGGCAACAAGAAACACCUGUCAGUUACGUGUUCCAAUAUUUUUGAUCACUUGAAAAAUGGGUGGGUUCAAACAAAGGGGUCAUGUUCUAAGUUGUUUAACACGUCUAGAUGUGAAUAUCAGGAAAUGACAGCUGAAUCUUCAGAUCUAUCAUCUCAUAUUCAUCUUUUGAUCUCACACCCAUAUGUCUUCAGCAUACAGCAAAAACAAUAGACUUGGCCUUGCUGUUCCAAAACUUUCAGGUGGACUGUACAGUUAUCAAGACUUUCAGCUAAGCACACGCUUAAUGUCUUUAUUUCACUAGGGGUGCAUCAUUGCCAUUGUGGAAAGGCUCCAUGAGUCAAUACAGCUGUUCAGGAGACAAAAGCCCAACCAGCUCUCACUCCUCUAAGCGUGCACGCACUGCCUACACCAGCGCACAGCUCGUCGAACUCGAGAAAGAAUUUCAUUUCAAUCGCUACCUUUGCCGCCCACGGCGGGUGGAGAUGGCAAAUCUGCUCAAUCUAUCUGAGCGCCAAAUAAAGAUCUGGUUUCAGAAUCGCCGAAUGAAGUACAAGAAGGAUCAGAAGGGACAGUCUCCGAAUAGUCCAGUUCUGCCGAGUUCAGACUCUGUGGCAGGGGGAGGAUAUGUAAGUUCAAUACAUUCCAUGGUAAGCAGUGUGCCAUUCAACACGUUGUCUCCAACAGCAUAUAACAAUGCUCAGAGGAACACCUACAGCCUGUCUCCAUCAUAUCCACAAGCCUUAAGCAGUAUGUUUAACAACUGCCCAUCUUCUCAAAAGGCAUACCUGGGGACUGGCUCAGCCACGACUGAGUGCGACACGCACCAUUUCCAAGGUAACAAUCAUUUCGGUGUGCAAACGCAGGGCAGUAGCGUAUAUGUAGGUGCUAAUGGAACCUAUGUGGAUAGCACUGGCUGCAAUGGGAACUCGAUUUAUGGCCUGUCGCAGCUCCCUCAAGCUACUCAUAGCAAUAUAGACUACAACAGUGCCAUCAACAUGGGGAACAGCCAUCAUGAAGGAGCACUGGAGCCAGCACAGUGCACAUACUCAGACUUUACACCACACUACUCUCAGGGAAAAAAUCAAGAAGCACCUAAACUGACACAUCUAUAACAUUAUUGUUUGACUUUACAUUAUUUAUUCACUUGCACACAUGCUGCUGAAUUGACACACCCAAGCUUACCUUCUUUUUAUUUCUCAUUAUUUUCUUGAGUGAGGUAGUUGCCUUUUCUUAUUUUAAAAAUUGUUCUGUUUUAUUGAAUACAAGUGUUAUAUUUUCACAUCAUUGACAGACACAGUGCUUGCAUAAGAAAUCGUCUUUAUUUCAUCUGCAUUAGAUAUCCUUCGGCAUAUGAAAUCAUCAUUAAACAGGGUAUAGUCAAGACAUUGUGUUCAUGUUCCAAAUGUGAAGGAAAGUU